CGGCCCGCAGUCACGAUACUCAAGGCUGAACUAGUAAACCGGGAUGAAUGACAUGGAACAGCACAGUACAUAGCCGUCGUAGCAGCCUUUCCCGCGAAUUGCUUGUGUACAACAACAUUAAAUUGGCUUCCACUAUUGCACUGCAUCCAUAGCUUGUUUUCCGAGCAUAGCUGUAUUGACUUUUCUGUCCUUUGACCUUCCUAAACAUAAGCUCUACUAACGCAGAACCUACAAUGGCCGACGCCCUCAAGGCUGAAGGCAACAAGGCUUUCGCAGCCAAGGACUUCCAGACUGCUCUCGAGAAGUUUUCCCAAGCAAUUGAACUAGACCCUAACAACCACGUCCUCUAUUCCAAUCGAUCCGGCGCAUACGCUUCCCUGAAAGACUACCAAAAGGCCCUCGAGGAUGCUGAGAAGACGACACAGAUCAAGCCCGACUGGGCAAAAGGCUGGGGACGUAAAGGAGCGGCUCAGCAUGGCCUGGGUGAUCUGGUCGGCGCCAAAGACUCGUUCGAGGAGGCCUUGAAGCUCGACCCAUCCAAUGCCCAGGCCAAGUCAGGUCUGGAAGCCGUGAACAGAGCGAUUGAGGCAGAAGCCCGCGCGGAUGGUGCUGACAUGGGUCUGGGCAACAUGUUCAACGACCCCCAACUCAUCCAGAAGCUUGCCGCCAAUCCCAAGACUGCUCCGUACCUCGCAGAUCCACAGUUCAUGGCCAAACUGCAACAGCUAGCCAAGAAUCCCUCGGAUAUGGGCCAGGCUCUUGGAGACCCAAGAUUCUUGCAGGUGAUGGGUGUGCUACUAGGAGUGGACAUGCAGAUGGGCAUGCCGCCGGAGGCGGCUGCAUCUGGAGCAGACCAGCCGAAAGAGGCGGAGGAGGAUGUGCCCAUGACCGACGCACGCCCUGAAUCAAAGGAGGAGAAGAAGGAGCCCGAGCAAAAACAGCCGGAGCCCGAGCCUGAACCGGAACCGGAAGACGAAGAGGCGAUCGCAAAGAAGAAGGCCAAAGAGGAGGCCGAGAAGGAGAAGAAGAUUGGCAACGACUUCUACAAGACGCGACAGUUUGACGAGGCCAUUGAGCACUACAGCAAGGCAUGGGAGCUGCACAAGGACAUCACAUACCUGACCAACCUCGGAGCCGCCAAAUUCGAGAAGGGCGACUACCAAGGCUGCAUUGAGGCGUGCCGCCAGGCCAUCGAAGAGGGCCGACAGAUCCUGGCCGACUUCAAGAUCAUCGCCAAAGCAUUUGGACGCAUUGGCUCGGCGUACGAAAAGCUCGGCGACCUGCCCCAGGCCAUCGACAACUACCAGCGAUCGCUAACGGAGCACCGCACGCCAGAGAUUCUGUCCAAGCUCCGCGCCGCCGAAAAGGCCCAGAUCAAGGCGGAACGAGACGCGUACGUCAAUCCCGAAAAAGCAGAAGAGGCCCGUCUUCUUGGAGCCGAGCGGUUCAAGAACGCCGACUGGCCCGGUGCCGUCGAGGCCUAUACGGAGCUUACGAAGCGCGCCCCCGACGACCCUCGUGGCUACAGCAACCGUGCCGCGGCCCUGAUCAAGCUUCUCGAGUUCCCCAACGCCAUCCAGGACUGCGACGAGGCCAUCAAGCGCGACCCCAAGUUCAUCAAGGCGUACCUGCGUAAAGCCCAGGCUCUGUUCGGCAUGAAGGAGUACAACAAGUGUCUGGACGUCCUCGAGGAGGCCAUUGAGCACGACGAAGGUGGGAAGAACGCCCGCGAGAUUGAGCAGCAGCAGCAAAAGGCCCUCGAGGCCAUGUACGCCGCACGCGCCGGCGAAACUGAGGAACAGACUGCUGCAAGAAUCCAAAAGGAUCCCGAAAUCAUGCAAAUCCUUUCCGACCCGGUCAUGCAAUCCAUCCUCCAGCAGGCCAAGAACGACCCCGCCGCGCUCAACGAGCAUAUGAAGAACUCGGGCAUCCGGAGCAAGAUCCAGAAACUCAUCGCCGCCGGCGUCAUCCGCCUUGGCCGGUAGAGCAGAGAGGAGCUUUCCAUAGGUCUGGGCUCGCCUCCGCUCGCCAAAAGUCUGCUCAAUGUUGUUGACUGAAUUUCAAUCCCGAGAGAGAAAGAAUCAUCUAAUAAACCUUGAUCCUCCUGCGUCUCUGCAAAGGUUACUUCCCUUUCCUUCCUUUUUCUGAUCUGAGCGUGUUGCCGCAACGAUGCGUCUACCAUAAUCUGGUCAUUUGUAGUUCGAAACAAAGGUGACUUAUUAAUCAAUCGCCUGGUCGAGCCGAUGAAACCAUGCAUGCAUGUACUUGUCCUACUGAUUGAUCCUAAGACACGAGACGACGCCAAUCUUCGUGCAGAUACACACCACGAUAUAAAAUCCUAGUGAUUCCGCUUCG